AUGAAAGAUAUGAUUGAUGAAAUCAUUACUUCAAAAGCCACAAAUGACGACUUCCUUCGAAGAGCUGUCUUAAUUCUUAUAGGGACUGUCUUAGCUCCUACUUCGACGUAUACGGUUUACAAGCCGUUCUAUGCAUUUGUGGAAACAAUGUACAAGUUACACAACUUGAAUUGGAACCAAUUCACGCUUGCAUAUGUCAUGGAGCAGAUCAGCACUUGCCGGAGAGGAAUAUAUGUUAGGCAGUGGCCGAAAGGCAAUGUCGCCAUUUUAGAGUACUUGUAUUGGGAGAAAGUGCAACCUCUUGAUGAGAUAGCACUUUAUGCUCGCAUCUCUUCACGCCCACUUAUGAUCAACUGGACAGAAGCUGCUGUAGCCUUGAGAGAUAGCUAUGAUCAAGAUAAUGGCCGGGGCAAAGGUAUCCUUAAGAUUGAAGAUAACAUCACAGAGGAAUAUAGGCGACAAUAUGGGAAGAAAAGUGAUGGAAACAAAAACAUGGGUGCAGAAAUUAAAAAACCGGGUACUGGAAGGAGCAAUGGAAAGGGCAAUGGAAGGAGCACUGGGAAGGAUGUUGUCAAAUUAUUAAACAAAUCAGGUGUUAGGUACAAGCCAUUCGCGGAAACACUUUCAGAUCAGUACUGUUAUGACGAAGGCUGCGGAUCUUACCUCAACGGAGUACCUGAACGGAAAGAAUUUGUUUACGACAAAAAAGUGUCGAAAGAGGACAAUAAAGAAGAGGAUUACAUAACACCUGCAAGGACCAAGUGUGACUUCUUAGGGGAUGGCACGCUAGACAAUCCAUGGGAACUUCCUGAAGAUUUUAAGGAGGCCUCUUCAUCGGAGGUGCCAUCAAAUAUUUUUGAACCUGCCCUCAAAAAGAUGAACAAAGAAGACGAACAAAAAGAGGGUGCCUCAGAAGGAUCAAAAAGCGUCAACACUGCAACCGGGAAGAAUGAAGAUGUAAAUGGAAAGAGGAAGCGAAAGCUCCCUCUUAAACUGCAGUAUCCUUAUAUCAUUGAGAAUCGAACGAAACGUCAACCUCGAAAAAAGCCAACUCCCGCAAUAGCUACUCCGUCCAGCAAUGAUGUUGAAAUUCCGCAAGACUCUACUGCCUUAACAGCGGAACACAUUGCAGCAGCAGAGAUUUUUGUUCAACUCUGUUGCAAGACUGAGGCAAAUGGGAAAAAAAUUAUCUACAAAAAUGAUAUUGGCGUCAGGUUGACAUCACAACGGCUUAAAGUGGUUCUAGACCAUAAAUGGUGUACAGAUGAUGCAUAUUUUCCAGUUAACAUAUCGAACAAUCAGUGGACUACCGUGAUCAUGCACACACCCAAGGAAGAAUUCCAAGUUCUUGACUCAUUAUUUCCAUUAAGUGUGACAAUAGACACUGUCAGGGCUCUGAGACAACAAAUUUCUGCUGACAUCCAAGAGUACAACAAAUCUACAUCUGGAUUUUUCCCUGAUGUGAUAUCUUGGAAUAUAAAAUCAUACGAUAUGCCGCAGCAAAAAGAUGGCAAUUCAUGUGGCUUAUUUGUUCUUCAAUGCAUGGAACAUUGGGAUGGAGAUAAAUGGAAUAAAGAAAUAUCACAGUUAAGUACGGUUGGCAACUACUGUGAUUGGAUGAUCUGA